CACAAAGCUUGCUUGCAACCCAAGGAAGAGAUGAGGCAUCAACAUAAAGAUAUAAGUCUUGUUAUUGAUCAGACAGAACUUCAAGAUCAUGAUGUUCCACCCAGUGAUAAUGCUAUUAAACAUCCAAAUCUUGUUGAUGAUGGAAGCAGAAGCGGGUACUUGGAUUUGUGUGUUCCACUAUGCCAAGCUGCUAUGAAAGGUGACUGGGAAUCAGCCCGGACUAUAAUCAAUCGACGGCCCGAGAUUUUUCGCGAAGCAAUCACCUUUCAGUGGGAGACUCCUCUUCACAUCGCUGUUGCAUCAAAACAAACACACUUUGUCGAAAAAUUGCUUGAAAUUACGGAUGAAACUGAUCUAUAUCUACGAGACAAGGACGGCAAUACCGCUUUUUCGUUUGCUGCAGCAUCGGGAGUUGUUGAGAUUGCUCGAUUGAUGGCAGAUAAGAACAAGCGAAUUUCAUUGGCUGUAGGGGCUGAAGAUCUGACUCCAAUCCACAUAGCAGCGUUGUUUGCUCGGCGAGACAUGGUAGUCUACCUUUUUGAGACUACAAACCUCAGACCUCUAAUCCUUUCAGGGCAGCUAAUUAAUUUUUUUCUUGCCGUCAUAUCAGCCGAUAUCUUUGAUGUAGCUUUGCAACUACUAAAAGCGAAUAUUAGCCUAGCAGCUGCUCGAAACUCUAAAGGAGAGACAGCAUUGCACUUGAUGGCUCGCAAGCCCUCUGCAAUUUCACGUGAAAAACAGUUGAACCAGUUUCAAAGACUAGCAAAUUCCAUUUUCAAAGGUUUAUUCGGUGGAGCAAAACUGCAAAUCUUGGCUCAUCGGCUCGUAGAAGAUAUAUGGAAAUCAAUUGCACAGCGACCAGAAGAAGAGAUUUGGGAUUUCAUCAAUUCACCUCGAAAUCUACUCUUUGAUGCCGUAGAAUCAGGAAAUAUCGAGUUUUUAGAUAUUCUACUUCGUUCUUGUCCUGACCUCCUAUGGAAAGUUGAUGGGAAAAAUCAAAGUAUAUUUCAUGUAGCUGCUUUACAUCGUCAUGCAAGCAUUUUCAACAUAAUCUACGAGCUCGGGGCUAGGAAGGAUUUGAUAGCUUUUUAUAAAGACCCGUUGCAAAACGAGAACAUUCUGCACCUUGUGGCUCGUUUACCAUCUCCGGAUCGGUUACAAAUGGUACCGGGAGCAGCACUUCAGAUGCAAAGAGAACUACUAUGGUUCGAGGCUGUUAAAGAGAUUGUUCCUCAUACAUACAUCAAAGCUGGAAACGUAAAGGGGGAGACACCGCAUGAUAUAUUUAUUAAAGAACAUGAAAAUUUACGCAAAGAGGGAGAGAAAUGGAUGAAAGAAACCGCAACAGCAUGUAUACUCGUAGCAGCGCUGAUUGCUACCGUGCUUUUUACAGCAGCCUUCACCGUACCAGGUGGAAUCAAAGAAUCAACGGGUCUUCCUAACUUGGCUGAGAAUGAGUGGUUUGAUACCUUCACCAAGUGGGACAUCAUUGGUCUCUUUACAUCUGUCGACUCUGUUGUGAUCUUCUUGUCGAUCUUGACUUCUCGGUACGCGGAAGAUGAUUUUCGGAAGGCCUUACCGGCGAAGCUGGUGUUCGGACUUACAACAUUGUUUGUAUCGAUAAUCGCCAUGGUUGUUUGCUUCACCGCGACAAUGAUCUUGAUCCGUGAUCACACGUCUACUGGGAGGCUGGUCCUCAUCUGUGUCCUUGCUGCUCUUUCGAUUCUCUUUUUUGUUGUAUUGCAUUUUAGGCUUUGGUGGGACACUGUUAUCUCAAUCUGAAACAUGAAACAUUUGCGGAUCUUACUGGUUGAUGGCACAGCGCUAGAAGAGAUUCAAAUGAUAUUGCACUUCAAAGAAUCACUCCAGCAUUUAUGCUUGAGUGGAAAUAGCAUGAUCAACCUGCCAGCUAACAUCAAACAACUUAAUCAUCUGAAGUGGCUUGACUUGAAGUUCUGUGAGAAUCUCAUAGAGCUUCCCACACUUCCUCCAAACCUUGAAUACUUAGACGCACAUGGAUAUCACAAACUGGAACGCGUUAUGGAUCCGCUGGCCGUUGCUUUGAUCACUGAGCAGAUUUGUUCUACAUUCAUUUUCACUAACUGCACAAAUCUGGAAGAAGAUGCAAGGAACACUAACACAUCCUAUGCAGAACGGACAUGCCAGCUACACGCAUUUAAGUGUUACGAUAUGGGUUUUGUUUCGAGAGCAUCCUUCAAGACAUGCUUUCCUGGAUGUGAAGUUCCCUUAUGGUUCCAGCACCAAGCUGUCGGAUCAGUGUUAGAGAAAAGACUGCAACCAAAUUGGUGUGACAAUCUGGUUUCUGGUAUAGCACUGUGUGCUGUUGUCUCAUUUCAGGAUAACAAACAGUUGAUCGACUGUUUCUCAGUGAAAUGUGCCUUGGAGUUCAAAGACGACAACGGUUCUUGCAUCAGCUCUAAUUUCAAAGUAGGAAGUUGGACCGAAUCGGGAAAAACUAGCUCAGACCAUGUAUUCAUCGGCUACACCAGUUUCUCAAAAAUCACAAAACGUCCGGAGAGCAACUACUUGGGUAAAUGUAUACCCACAGAAGCUACACUUAAAUUCAAUGUGACAGAUGGUACACAUGAAGUGAUGAAGUGUGGGUUUAGAUUGGUAUAUGUGGAACCAAACAACCUCCUUAGCAAAGAAAAAUCUUCAUCAGGACAGUUUAGUUGUGGUGAGAAAAUCAUUGGUUGCCUCAUUGUGGGGUUUUUGAAAAGUGGAAUUCUUCAAACCCACAGAGGCCAGAACAAGAACAUGCGAGCUUACGUGAGGACGAUGAAACCAAGAUGCCCUCUGGACCCGAGACUUGAACACAAUGAUCAGGACACGAUUCCGACGGAGGAGAUUUUUUUGGCGAUGUUGAGAUCACGGCGUUCACGUUCCCGUCACGGCGCACAAGCUUGUGCCGUUAUGUCUGCCGUUCUUCUUCUCGCUUCCGUCUCUCUUCUCUACACUCGUCUCUCACUCUUCUCAUCUCACUCGCCGAAUCACCUCCGCUCCGGCUCCACAGAAGACGCUGUUUUGUUCCCGGAUUCUCUCCUCGUUUCAGAUUCCGACGUUGAAACCACCGGCGGAGGAGGAAGAGGAUCUACUACCUCAACCGAAGAUAGAAUCGACGAGCACGACGAUGCGAUUGAAGACGACGGCGGUUCGAAUGAGGAAGAUGAGAAUCAGGACGCAGAGCAAGAGCAAGAAGUGGAUCUUAAUCGGAACAAGGGUGGUUCUUCUUCUUCUUCGUCUUCGUCUUCUGGGUUUUACUUCGAUCAUGUUAAUGGAGUUAUCAGAAGAGCUUUCAAUAAACGAUCUAUUGAUGAAUGGGAUUAUGAUUACACAGGUUUUAGUAUUGAUUCGGAUAAUUUAGGAGAUAAGAGUAGAGCUGCGUUUGGAUCUGAUGAUGUUCCAUUAGAUGAAUCGAUUCGUAGGAAGAUUGUUGAGGUUACGAGUGUGGAAGAUGCGUUGUUGUUGAAAUCUGGUAAGAAGGUAUCUCCAUUGAGAGAAGGUUGGGGAGAUUGGUUUGAUAAGAAAGGUGAUUUCUUGAGGAGAGAUAGACUGUUUAAGUCGAAUAUCGAGACGUUGAAUCCGUUGAAUAAUCCGAUGUUGCAGGAUCCUGAUAGUGUUGGGAUUACUGGAUUGACUAGAGGUGAUAAGGUUGUGCAGAAAUGGAGGUUGAAUCAGAUUAAGAGGAACCCUUUUAUGGCAAAGAAGCCAUUGAGUGUUGUUUCAGAGAAGAAGGAACCAAAUGAAGUUAGAGAGAGUAGAGAAAGGAUUAGGUUGCAGAAUAGGGACGAUGGUAGACAUGGUGAGAUCAAGAGAGGUGAACGUAAGACAUUAGACGAUGAUAAGAAAAUUGAGAGAAAGGAACAGACGAAUACAGAAUUUGAGGGGAAGCAUGAUGAAGUUACAGAACAUAUGUAUGCAGAUGGAACGAAAUGGGGAUAUUAUCCCGGUAUAGAACUGAGUUUGUCGUUUUCGGAUUUUAUGGAUUCGUUUUUUAGAAAGGAGAAAUGUUCUAUGAGAGUGUUUAUGGUGUGGAAUUCACCUGGAUGGAUGUUUAGUGUUAGACAUCAAAGAGGGCUUGAGAGCUUACUUUCUCAGCAUCGAGAUGCUUGUGUUGUAGUUUUCUCAGAGACAGUUGAGCUUGAUUUCUUCCGGAACAGCUUUGUGAAAGACGGUUAUAAAGUUGCUGUGGCAAUGCCCAACCUUGAUGAGUUGCUGCAGGAUACUCCUACUCACGUAUUUGCUUCUGUAUGGUUCGAUUGGAGAAAAACUAAGUUUUAUUCUACUCACUACAGUGAACUUGUUCGGCUUGCCGCCCUUUAUAAAUAUGGCGGGGUUUAUCUCGAUUCUGAUGUGAUAGUUUUGGGUUCAUUAUCGUCACUGAGAAAUACUAUUGGCAUGGAGGAUCAGGCAGCCGGUGAAUCACUCAACGGUGCUGUUAUGUCAUUCGAAAAGAAAAGCCCAUUCUUACUUGAAUGCUUAAACGAGUACUACUUAACUUAUGAUGAUAAGUGUUUGCGAUGCAACGGAGCUGAUCUCUUGACUCGAGUAGCUAAACGGUUUCUGAACGGGAAGAACAGGCGUAUGACUCAACAAGAGCUGAACAUUCAACCUUCUUCUGUUUUCUUCCCAAUCAGCUCACAACAGAUAACAAACUAUUUUGCAUACCCUGCAAUAGAAGAUGAGAAAUCGCAGCAAGACGAAUCGUUCAAGAAGAUCCUCAACGAGUCCUUAACGUUCCAUUUCUGGAACAGCAUAACUUCCUCACUGAUCCCUGAACCUGAGAGCCUUGUGGCUAGAUUGAUCUCUUCCGAUCACGAAUCCAAUGAUUUAUCUCCUCCUCCUUCUCCAUCAUCUUCACAUUCUCAAUCUCUCGUUAGAUCAGUCUGUUCAUUGGUCUAUAACUCCUAUCUUCGUCAAAACCAUGUCAUACAAUCCCCACACCGCGUCAAUCUCGACUUCGAUGCUAAUUCUCUUACCCAUGAGCAAGCAAUCACUGUGGUGGCUUCACUCGCGAGCGAAUCUGGUUCGAUGGUGGCUCUUUGUUUCUUCUAUUGGGCAGUGGGUUUCGAAAAGUUUCGACAUUUCAUGAGAUUGUAUCUCGUAACUGCUGAUUCUUUGAUUGCUAAUGGAAAUUUGCAGAAAGCUCACGAGGUAAUGCGAUGUAUGCUUAGAAAUUUCUCGGAGAUUGGGAGAUUGAACGAGGCUGUUGGUAUGGUUAUGGAUAUGCAGAAUCAGGGAUUAUCACCUAGCUCGAUAACUAUGAAUUGUGUUCUUGAGAUUGCAAUUGAGUCAGGUUUGAUUGAAUAUGCAGAGAAUGUGUUCGACGAAAUGUCUGUGAGAGGAGUUUGUCCGGAUUCUAGUUCUUUUAAGCUUAUGGUUAUUGGUUGUUUUAGAGAUGGUAAGAUUCAGGAAGCUGAUAGGUGGUUAAGCGGAAUGAUUCAAAGAGGAUUUAUUCCUGAUAACGCUACGUGUACCUUGAUUCUUAGUGCCUUGUGUGAGAAUGGUUUAGUAAAUAGAGCGAUUUGGUAUUUCCGGAAGAUGAUUGAUUUAGGGUUUAAGCCAAACUUGAUAAAUUUUACGUCUUUGAUUGAUGGGUUAUGCAAGAAGGGAAGUAUCAAGCAGGCUUUUGAGAUGUUAGAGGAAAUGGUUAGGAACGGUUGGAAACCAAAUGUGUAUACACACACGGCUUUGAUUGAUGGGCUAUGUAAAAGAGGAUGGACAGAGAAAGCGUUUAGGCUGUUCCUGAAACUCGUUCGUAGUGAUACUUACAAACCCAAUGUGCAUACCUAUACCUCGAUGAUUGGUGGGUAUUGCAAAGAAGAUAAGUUGAACCGUGCAGAGAUGUUGUUUAGUAGAAUGAAAGAGCAGGGUUUGUUUCCUAACGUGAACACGUAUACAACGCUCAUUGAUGGUCACUGUAAAGCUGAUAACUUUGAUAGAGCGUACGAGUUGAUGAAUUUGAUGGGUGAUGAAGGUUUUAGGCCGAAUAUUUAUACGUAUAAUGCGGUUAUAGACAGUCUCUGUAAGAAAUCAAGGGCACCUGAGGCAUAUGAGUUGCUGAAUAAAGCAUUCUCUUGUGGAUUAGAAGCUGAUGGAGUUACUUACACUAUUCUUAUUCAAGAACAGUGUAAGCAAAGUGACAUUAAGCAAGCUCUUGCUUUCUUCUGUCGGAUGAGUAAGACUGGUUUUGAAGCCGAUAUGCGCCUGAACAACAUACUGAUAGCUGCAUUUUGUAGGCAAAAGAAAAUGAAGGAAAGUGAGAGGCUUUUUCAGUUAGUGGUGAGUCUUGGAUUGGUUCCAACGAAGGAGACUUAUACGUCUAUGAUAAGCGGGUAUUGUAAAGAAGGUGACAUUGAUCUGGCUUUGAAAUAUUUUCACAACAUGAAGAGGCAUGGUUGUGUUCCUGAUAGCUUCACAUAUGGUUCACUAAUAAGCGGUCUCUGCAAGAAGUCCAUGGUGGAUGAAGCUUGUAAGCUUUACGAAGCGAUGAUUGACAGAGGUUUAUCUCCUCCUGAGGUAACUCGGGUCACAUUAGCAUAUGAGUAUUGUAAGAGGAAUGAUUCAUCCAACGCAAUGAUUCUUCUUGAACCUUUAGAUAAGAAGCUGUGGAUUAGAACGGUUAGGACACUUGUUAGAAAGUUAUGUAGCGAGAAGAAAGUCGGAGUGGCAGCUCUGUUCUUUCAGAAAUUGUUGGAGAAGGACAGUAGCGCUGAUCGGGUUACCUUAGCUGCUUUCACUACAGCUUGUUCUGAGUCUGGCAAAAACAAUCUUGUUGCUGAUUUGACCGAGAGAAUCUCCAGAGGAGUAGGCUAGUAGUGAUACGUCUCCCUCAGUUGCUUUGUGCUCUCUGUUUGAAUAGCGAAUACACAUUGUGGAUCAAG